UGAGCUGCCAGGGACGGACAGGGGAGGGGGAGAGAGAACGUAAUUGCUUGCUUUACACAGCUUGUAGGCAGGCAGACAUUUUAGGCAGAGAGACACAGAAGAACACUUGGAGAGAUUGAGAGGAGGCACAACAUUUUAAAAAAGAGAGAAGUAAGAUAAAAGGGAAACAAAUCACCAACAGCGCAAAAAAAAUGGAUCCCAACAAGAUGCCAAACGCCCCACCACCAGGCUGGAACCCAGAUGAGAAGUCUGGGAUGGGACAACCAGCUCCUCCACCCUACCAGGACCAUCCCCAGUACCCCAACACAGGAUACCCUGAACCAGCAGGCUACCCCACCAAUCCCCAGGGAUACGCACCACCGCCCCAGUAUGGAGGAGCUCCUGGGGCCCCUUACGGCCAGCCAUACCCCCAGGGAGAGUACCCCCAGUCCACCGUCACAGUCCAGCCUACGGUGUUUGUGACCCGUGGAGCUCUGCCUUACCCUCUGCCAGACUACCUGGGCUACUCCAUUUUCACCAUGCUGUGCUGCUGCCUGCCACUGGGCAUCGCUGCACUUAUCUACUCCAUCUCGACUCGAGACGCCAACAACCAGGGUCACCAGCAGGUUGCUGAGAGGAGUUCUCGUCUAGCACGGAUACUGAACCACUCCGCCCUGGGUAUCGGCAUCACCGUCAUCAUCCUGUACAUCGUCUACGUCGUCAUCCUGGCCAAAAAUAUCCACUGAUCUGACACAUAAACAUCGGCUAGCACCACAGCCACCUUCUCUCAACCCCAGCCCCCAAAAUCAGGCACUUUCCAAAGAGAUACAUAAUGCUGUUUAUUCAUCAAUGCUUUUUUUAAAACUAUAUAUCUAAUGACUUGCUUUUUUAAAUCCCUGCAGACAGGAUAGUUUAAAUUGUUAAUUCAUUUGUCUGUUUAAUUUGAAUUUUAAUAUACAUAAAUAAACAACAAAUGAUGGAUACUGAUAGUUUUUUGGACUAUUUCUAAUAAAUGUCUAAAGGAUAGUGUACGUGUAUUCACUGUGUAUGGAUAAGUCAUAUCAGAGUUUAGAGACACAUUUGACAAUGUUAUGAGAAUGCAUCAGAAAGAGACUAUUCUUAAAGUCUGAGAGGAUAUGUAUUAGUUGAUGUCAAUACACAGAGUGCCAGUAAGGUUACCACUCACAAGAAUAAACAUUUUGCAACUCAAUGUCAAACAUUUACUUCUUGUUGUACAAAUGUAUGAAUUUGCUCAAUUCAUUGUUCUGUGCUGUCAGCAAUGGCACAAGCAAUACUCAACUCAAUUUAUUUUGGACAACCGUGGAGACUAAGACCUAGAUUCAAACUGUGGCACAGAAGAUCCUCUGUAUAGCACAAUUUAAAUGUAAAGGUAAUUUACGAUUUAGUCAACAUAUGCAGGGUUUACCGUGAAUGCAGUCUGGCGAAUGCAGGAACAUGGCCUUCCACUCUGCAGAUGUAAUCCAACCCUAGAAGUAAAAAGAAAUUGCAGAGCUGUUCCAGUUUGGCCUUACAGUUGAUUAAUUUGGUGAAAUGUUCACACUAUUCCAUGUAAUGUAUAGUCACAUAUUGCCAGAUUAUGUAUAUCACUCUCUAUAUUAGGUAUAUAUUUUAUGUUAGUAUAUAUUCAGUGACUCUCACCUCUUCUAUAUACCAAGGGGUUGUACUUGAUCCUUCUCUAACGUAUGUAGUUGUUGGAAAAAGUGUUGACCUUGUAUUAUGUAUUUUUGUUUGUGAAAACACAAAAGAAGAGACCAUUAUAAGAAUGCAGAUAUGUAAACCAUUUUUUUUCCAAAUAAAGUUCAAAGGGUAAAUAAAUCACA